AUGCAGCAGCAUACCUCAAAACUUCAAGAGAAGACUAAAUUAGACUCUCCGUUCUCCCAUCUCUUGUACACCAAUCUGAUUCCAACAGAUGACGAACGGGAUCUGAUUCAAGAGCAUCUCACCAAACCGCGACAAGAAUUGGCAGCCCUCGAUACCACCAUAACGAAGUUGCAGCAUGCUCUGCAAGCGUUGUUCAAGAAACGGGUCGAACUUAAUGAAAUCAUCCAAGCACACCGAAUGCUUCUCAGCCCCUUCCGUCAGCUACCUACCGAAAUCGUGCGAGAGAUCUUUCUGUUUUGCUUGCCCCCAACGCACAACGCUUUGAUGAGCACCCAGCAGGCGCCACUUGUCCUGGGUCGCGUAUGCAGCAGGUGGAGGUCAAUCGCUUAUGCCACCCCGCGUCUCUGGUCAUCCAUCCAUAUUCCAUUCCCUUCCGCACCGUUUCCUCAAUCCCUUACAACCCCGGUCGAUACCAACUCCACGUUUGGGCAGAUAUGGAAUGCAUUCCUGGAGAAGCUACGCAAACAUGUCAAUGCUGUUGAAGAAUGGUUGUCUCGUUCAGGAACAUGCCCUCUCUCAAUAUCAUUCUAUCCGUCAAGCAAUAGAUCCAUAGUUCCUGCUAUCCAAAAUUCGCAUGAAUACCGCAUCAAAAUGUAUCUCGACAAAAUUAUUCGAUUCUCGCACCGUUGGGUUUCCCUCGACAUGGCCAUCCUGCCAGGACCCAUCUCCAGUUACAUGGCCUUGAUCUCCGCGAGUGCCGUACCAGUUCUUGGUAGCGUGAAAUUGGUGUUCACUACCGGAACACAUUCAUUUCAGUGGAAAAAUAGCGGCCUCCUUAACGCAAAGCACCUCAGAAGAUUUCGUCUCGUCAAUUUUCCGUAUCGAAUGGAAUUGUCUGUAGACUGGCCAACGCUUACGCACAUCGCACUCACGGAGUCGGGGACGAUUGCGUCUUUGAUGACGCUGCAAAGAACGCACAUCAUGCUCACAAGCUGUCGGCGCCUAGUGUAUUUGGAGCUCCAGGCUCACGACGUCCCGACUGGUUUCAGCCCAAUCGGCCCAAUCUGUUUGCCUGCGCUCCAUUGGCUCGUAGUCCGCGACACAAGAGCCUUCCACCUCGCCACCCUAUUCGACUGCUUCGAAGUCCCCUCUCUACGCUAUAUUUCCUACCACACAUUAUGGUUCCCGUCAUCGCAGCAUCGCCGCUGUCCUCUGACUGCCCUUCUCCCUCGUACGAAUGGCCUUCUCCAAGAGUUGAGUACGGACGUGCGUCUCCUCGAAUUGGACGACUUGAGGAAGAUCUUCGAAUAUGCGCCAAAGUUGAAAAGGUUCACCCAGUCCCAGCAUCCCAUCGGAAUAUCUAACAGUCAGGUAGUCCGGCUUUCGAAUCUCCCAAUCAAGGCAGUCCAGGCAUUCCUAAGAUUACUUAUCCCAGAGUCGGGAGGCCCUGUCCACCUUCCUCAGUUGGAAACAAUGGAUCUUCAGCAUGCACCAGGGAUUCAAGACCUCGAUGCCCUUCAUUUCAUCCAACAGAGAAUGGAAUUGUCCCAUUCUUCCAUAGGGCUUACACCAUUGAGAUCGAUCCGGGUCGUCUUUAGCCAGGAGAUGGCUCAUGACAUUCGCCCCUCCCUUUCGAGGUAUCUUGAGAAGGGGUUGAUCGUCCAGCUUAAGUAUCCUUCGAUGUGCGAUAUGUUCCUCUCAAAGGGAAGAUUUGAUCCUCAUGACGGGCUGACGGGGUUGCGGGUUUACUGA